UCGCUCAGAGUGCAGCGGAGGACGGUGCGGUGGCUGUCCGGUCCGGUGUUUACUGUCGGCGGGUUAAAGUGUGAGCGGAGGUCCGGAUCUUCAGCUGGAAAUUCAGCGGCAUUUGGAGCACAAGUGAAGCGGGUUUGAGGAGCGAGAGGCCCGGCUGGCUGCUGCGCGGCGCUGCGGGGGAUGUGCGCACACAAUGGGAGACGGUCCGGGACUCGAACAGCGUCUCCCCGCCCGGCUUGGUUUGUAAAGACACCGGAGCUGGAGCCGGGACUCAGCGCGGAGUGAGGACCUCCUCUGACCGGGCAGGACGCCUAAGACACCGGGAGGAGCUCAGCUGCGAGCCCCGUGGGAGCCGCGGAGGACGCGCCUGUGUGUCGUGAAUCCCGCUGGGAUGAACCCCGAGUGUCUCCUGCGUUCCAAACCGCUGUUUACACAUCUGGAUGAAGAGGAAAGCCUGGGUUUGGAGCUGGUUUAUGGAGUUAAUGCAUGUUAGUUUACUGGAUUUACCCGCAGACCCAUCAGCAGCCUGCAGAGGUUAGUGCUCAGAGGAUAAAACUAAAGGAGCAGUUCACAGUUUCUCUUUGAAUCCGAAUAUUUUAAAUUAAAGGAGCAGUUCACAGUUUCUCACAUGAGCUUUGAAGGAGGCGAUGUACCUGCUGGACAGUAGCAGCUCUGAGAGGAUGGAGAGAGGAGCUCCUCAGAGAAAGACUGUGUACCGGAUCUCACUCACGCUGGUGAAGAGGGAGAGCUUAGAGGAUGAGGACUCGGUGCCCCGGCGGGCAGAGAACCCAAAGGUGGGCGCCUUCAGGCGUGAGGGGUCGGCAGAGGUGCAGCGGGGAGGUCUGCUGGAGCAGCUGAAGGAGGUGGAGGACGAGUCGGAGGAUUUCUCCUCUUCCCACGGCUACAUGCGGAACUUUAGGACGUUCAGCACGGGCCAGCUGGAGCUCGGCAGGCUGAAGAUCUGCCGGAAGCAGCUGCUGCAGCGGGGCGCCAAGGCCACCAGUCCGCUGGCGGAGCCCGGGCAGGAGGAUGGCGGCGAGCGGGAGGUGGAGGAAGCACCACAGGCGCUGGUGGAGAACGGUGGUGUUGGCGAGAAGAAGAAGAAGCUCCUGAAGGCGAAGAGCGUGGAGGAGCAGAGCUCGGAGCCCGUGAGCAGCGUCGGGAAGCUGGCCCACUCUAAAAGUAACGGGGCGCCGUCCACAGAAGGCCCCCCGGAGACUCCACCUCCUCUGAAGCGCCCACCCGGUCUGCUGCGCCGCAGCUUCAGCUUCAGGCACUGGAGCGGUGGUGAGCUGCUGCGCCUGCGGGCGCUCUCCAAAGACAAACACCACAGCAGCUCCGGCUGCAUUGGCCAGGACGCCGCAAAGAAUGACGAGCCGGCUGCGCCGCUCCCCACAGCCCGCCUCCUCGACCCCACCAGAGAGAAGAGCAGGACACUGGAGGUCGGCGCCGUCCUCAACAAGACAGACUCCAUGUCCGAGCUGAGCCGCUGGGAGAGGGCGCAAGGCAGCAAGAACCGCACACUGGACAACAGCGACCUGCUCCGGCUGGCGGAAGAGAAGGACGCUGCCGGGGCAGCAGGUGGAGGCUUCCUGCUGCGGGGAGGUGGGGGACGCUCCAGCGAGCGGCGCCUGGUUCGCUUCUUCAGCGGGAUCUUCUCCAGGAGGGACGGUGCUUCCACGUCCACGCCGGUGGGGAGCCCUAGCACCAACAGGUCGCUGCGCCGCAGCCGUAGGACGGCGCUGUCGCAGUCCAGCACGGAGAGCAUGAACGGAGGCAGCGCUGACGAUGCGUUUGUAAACAGUCAGGAGUGGACGCUGAGUCGGACGGUGCCCGAGCUCAAAGUGGGCAUUGUGGGUAAUCUGGCCAGUGGUAAGUCAGCGCUGGUCCACAGAUACCUGACGGGAACGUAUGUCCAGGAGGAGUCACCAGAGGCUGACGUGGAUGCAGGCGGGCGCUUUAAGAAGGAGAUUGUAGUGGACGGUCAGAGUCACCUGCUGCUCAUCAGAGAUGAAGGAGGCCCCCCGGAAGCACAGUUUGCGUUAUGGGUGGACGCAGUCAUCUUUGUCUUCAGUCUGGAGGACGAGAUCAGCUUUCAGACUGUUUAUCACUACUUCAGCCGCCUCGCCAACUACAGGAACACCGCUGACCUGCCGCUGGUGCUUGUCGGCACACAAGACGCCAUCAGCUCGACCAAUCCGAGGGUGAUCGACGAUACCCGGGCCAGGAAGCUCUCCAACGACCUCAAACGAUGCACCUACUAUGAAACCUGCGCCACCUACGGCCUCAACGUGGAGCGAGUCUUCCAGGAUGUUGCCCAGAAGAUCGUGGCCACCAGGAAGAAACAGCAGUUGUCCAUCGGGCCUUGCAAGUCACUCCCCAACUCCCCGAGUCACUCGUCUGUCUGCGCCACACAAGUGUCAGCCGUCCACAUCAGCCAGACGAGUAAUGGUGGCGGCAGUUUGAGCGACUACUCGUCAUCUGUGCCGUCAACACCGAGCACCAGCCAGAAGGAGCUCCGUAUCGACGUCCCGCAGACCACCAACACGCCAACACCCGUCCGCAAGCAGUCUAAACGCCGCUCCAACCUCUUCACCUCGAGAAAGGCGAACGAGGCGGACAAGGACAAGAAGGGCCUGGAGGCUCGAGCCGACAGCAUCGGCAGCGGGCGAGCCAUCCCCAUCAAACAGGGCAUGCUGCUGAAGAGGAGCGGUAAAUCCCUCAACAAGGAGUGGAAGAAGAAGUACGUGACGCUGUGUGACAACGGUCUGCUCACCUAUCACCCGAGCCUACACGACUACAUGCAGAACGUCCACGGGAAGGAAAUCGACCUGCUCAGGACCACGGUGAAGGUCCCGGGGAAGAGGCCACCACGCGCCGUAUCCACCUGUGCCGCCAUGCCGAGCCCCAAAACCAACGGCCUGACGAAGGACAUGAGCAGCCUGCAGCUCGGACAGACUUCAGGCUCGGUGACUAGCAGCUCGUCGGUGUCGCAGAUGGCGAGCGGCGUCAGCUUGGUGUCCUUCAACAGCCGCGGCACGGAGGGGAUGCACCAGCGCUCGUACUCCGUCUCCAGCGCCGAUCAGUGGACCGAGGCCACCGUCAUCGCCAACUCUGGAGUCAGCACAGACACAGGCCUGGGAGACUCCGUCUGCUCCAGUCCCAGCAUCUCCAGCACCACCAGUCCAAAGAUGGAGCCGCCGCCAUCGCCGCACGCCAACCGCAAGAAGCACCGGCGGAAGAAGAGCACCAGUAACUUCAAAGCCGACGGCCUCUCUGGUACUGCGGAAGCCAAACGUAAAGCUUGGAAACUAAAUCGCGUCUCUAGCCUUCGCAGCAUUUACACCAACAGUCUGCAGAACUCAGAAGAACAAGAGGAGAACUUUGAGUUCACCAUCGUGUCGCUGACGGGGCAGACGUGGCACUUUGAAGCCACUUCCUACGAGGAGCGAGAUGCCUGGGUUCAGGUCAUCGAGAGCCAGAUCCUGGCGAGUCUGCAGUCAUGCGAGAGCAGCAAGAACAAGUCUCGUCUGACAAGCCAGACAGAGGCGAUGGCUCUGCAGUCGAUCCGAAGCAUUCGAGGGAACGGUCGCUGUGCCGACUGCGACACACCGAACCCGGACUGGGCAAGUCUGAAUCUUGGGGCCCUGAUCUGCAUUGAGUGCUCGGGAAUCCACAGGAACCUGGGCACUCACCUGUCCAGGGUUCGCUCUCUAGACCUGGAUGAGUGGCCGCUGGAGCUCAUCAAGGUGAUGUCGGCCAUUGGCAACGAGCUGGCCAACAGCGUGUGGGAGGCCAACGCUCAGGGACGCCUUAAACCUGGACCGGACGCCAGCAGGGAGGAGCGUGAGCGCUGGAUCCGGGCAAAGUACGAGCAGCGUCUCUUUCUGGCGUCGCUGCCCUGCACUGAUCUCCCACUGGGCCAGCAGCUGCUGAGGGCAACCGCCGAGGAGGAUCUACGUGCAGUCGUGCUCCUGCUUGCUCACGGGUCCCGACAGCAGGUCAACGAGACCUGCGGAGAAGGAGAUGGACGCAGCGCGCUGCACCUGGCCAGCCACAAGGGCAACGUGGUCAUCACGCAGCUCCUUAUCUGGUACGGUGUGGACUUGAUGGCAAGGGACGCCCAUGGCAACAGUGCAAUGGCAUAUGCUCGCCAGGCCAGCUGUCAGGAGUGUGUGGACACGCUGGCUCAGUAUGGCUGCCCAGAUGAACGCAACCCCCUAAUGGCCACACCCAACCUUUCACGCCGCAACACCAAUCGUAACAACAGCUGCAGCAGCGCCGGCAGUGCCGCGCUCAUAUGACCAGACAGUUUCCUGUGAUGACUCUGAGAAAAAUAAACAAACUUCGAUUUGGGAGUAUCCUGAACGUUUUAUUUUGGGAACCACUACUUUAGCUUUGCCCACUUCACCUGACAACCACCAGUAAACUGAUCACAGGUCAGUGGUGACGCUGCGGCCAGGCGUCUGUUUGGGAGAAGAAGUCUAAAGCAUGUUGGGAAACAUAGCCCACGAUCAUCAAAGCAUUUUGGGAAAUGGUCACACGACUUGUGCAGGUCAAUGAGUUAUAUUGUACCUCGUCACACAGCCUCAGAUUUCACACUACAAAGGCCAGUUCCCGCUCAGACUCAACAACAAACUGAACUCAAAGCAUAUCAUCUUCUGUCCACAACCUGAAACUGUGAGAUCAAAUCAAUGAGAAGGAAACUCAAGUCUUCGUAUCUUCUUUGAGGCAGCCACCCAUCAACAUCAUCUUCACUGCAAAUCUCUCGAGGAUUCUUUACGACCUCUUCACCUUCUUUCAGCUGUCAUUUUUUUAAAUUUUCUGCAAACCAACCGGCUUUACACAUUUUUGUUCUUUUUUUUUAAUGUGAAAAAAAUCUUGAUGUUAAAAAAAAAUAUCAGCUUAGAGGUAAAACAUAAGUGUGAUAGAUCGCAUGUCCUAGACACUUUUUCUACUUUAAUUUAAGGCAUUUUUCUCGACUGUGUAUAUUGUAUCUCGAUGUGCAUUGCUGGACCAAUGGUAAAAAAAUGCUAACAGGGGAAGGGUUUUUGUUUUUCCUUUUUUUUAAGCUAUCGGGUGUAUAAAGUCAUUAAGUGUACAGAAGCUCUUGCCAGGCUCAGGGACUGGGGACUGUCGAUCGUCAGCGCUCAUUGUCUUUUUUCCCAGCGAGUUCUUUAGAUGAAACAACCUGUUUUCACUUCACUUACUUCUGACUACAUUCAGCACUCAAGUUGCUCAAAAUUGCUGGCUUCACUUAAUUGGUUGGAUGCCUAAGGCAUCGAACCAAGAGAUCGAUUGGUGGCCCUCUGGCAGCCACUGGUCACUGGUUGGCAACUGGUCGCUAGAGGUUGCUGGCAGUCACUAGGUGGUUGCAAAGAGGUGUACAGUACUGUACUGAAAACCUUCUUGCAAUUGCUUGGAAGACGCUCCUUGUCUGCAAACACUGACCAAUUACUUGCCCAAGCGAUAGUAAAACUGCAAAGGGUGCGACAAAAGCUGGAAAUGGGGACCAUUCGGCUUCAACGUAAAAGUUGCACUUUUUGAAACAUGUUCGUUGCAUUAUUCAUUAAUCACCAUAAGAGCAAAGUGGUCGAUCGAGCGGUUGAACAUUUUUCUGUAUGUUGCCGAUAGUUUGUGGCAUAAGUUGGUUUAUAAAUUUGGUUUGCCAUCCACAUCCUGGCUUAGCUGGGAAUUAACCUGCUGAUGAGCAUCUAUAUGUAGGAUUUCAAACCUUUUCUUAUGCUGAAGGUUUUAUCGUCUGAACUGAGUGAACUGUAAGCAUCUUAAACCCAAACCUGGUUUACAUCCUGAUGAAAAAGCAUUUAAUCUGAACUCUAUCCCUGAAGUUAAUUUUAUUAAUGGAAAAAAAUGGAAAAGAUACAGAAGCAGCUGUCGGAGCAAAAAAGGGAAAUUAUUGUCUUCAGGUGUUUUUGUUUUGGUUUUUUUUUGGGGGGGGGUUUAAUGUUUGCUAUCUAUCCAGACACAAUGAUGGGGAGACAGUUGGUGGCCCCUGCCAUCACCGCCACUUUUUUAUCUAUCCCGUCCAAUCAGGCAGUCUCCCUGAUCUGCUCAGCGAAUCACUAAGAAGGGCUUCUUUUUCUUCUUCUCUGGUCUGAAAACGUCUUUGUUGUAAAUAAUCCUCCUCUCUUUCUCUGCCGCUUUCUCUCUUUCAUUCGAAGCAUCAUGUAAAUUAGAGAACACAGUAAGUACUUAGAGUAUGUGAGGUUGCAGAGUGGAAGUGGUUUAUUCUAAUGUGUUAUGGUAUGGUUUUGGCUCUGUGCUGAACCAUGAAGAAACCAGGAAGAAAAACUUUUGCAGGUGUCUAAACCUGUGGUUCCCAACAUGAGAAUCUUUACAGACUAAAGGGUCAACGGACGGUUUACAGCAAAGGAAAUCAGAAAAUACAGAUCCAAGUUGCUUUUUUAAUGAGAAAGAACAAACCCAAAGGGAAGCUUAUAAAACGUCUACAUCUUCUCAAAUUUAGGUCUACCCUGACUUUAACAAAUGUGGUAAAAAUUAAGUUAAGACGCAGUAUAAAAGUGUUGAGUUUACUUUUGGGGGCAUUUGGGGCCACAAUAGCACUAGAUGUGGUUGAGUUUGAGUCAGGCUCAAAUCUGAUUAUUUAAUGAGCACAUGGACAAAGUCAAGCUGGACAGUGGACAGCAUACAUUAAGACUACCCUGAAUGUUUAUGGAUGUGUUUACAUUUGUCCAAUUGGUCUGCAUAGCCAUUAACUGUUAGACAAGAUGAAGUUUACUUCAUACUAGCCCUUAUAUUUUAAAAUCACCAUGAGCUAGAAAUGUUGGGAACCACUGGCACAAAGGUCCAUUUGGAUUAAAUGAUAGGGUUGCAGGUUGAUUUCAGGCGUUUUAAAAACACCUUUCUUAAUCCUGGUGAUAUAGAUUUUUCCGUUGGUUGUUGAAAUGUGUAGAAUGAAGGCCUUCAGGUGAAGAUAGUUGGGGAACUAGUUUCCCAAACUCAACAUUUAUGUGAUGAUUCAGACAGUAUGCUGCUCCUCAGCUCAGAUCUUCAACUUUCUCCUGUUUCGCCCUCUAAUGUAAAUGUUGCUGCAGCGGUUGAGUAGCAGCUCUCAACCCGACUGUGUAUCCAAGCAAUAUUCAUAAAAACCUUCACGCUCACAUCCUAACUUUGUAUGCUAACAUCGCUUUAAUAUUCACAUGAAAACACAAAAACACACUGUAGAAAUGGAAGAAGGAUCAAAAAGCAAGAAACAAAUGUUUUUCUAUCAACAUGAACACAUUUGUCCUCCUUUUGCCUUUUUUGUUUUUGCACGCCUGCCUUGAUGUUCCUAAUUUUUGUUGUUGCUAUAUGUGUCACGCUCCAUUUUCCUUACCAGUCAUCUUCAAGACGCCGUUCUAUUUCCUGUAAAUGACAAACCAAGACUAUUAUUUUUAUUGGAUGAUUUUAGUUUGUUUUCAUAUCUGACCCAUCCCACAGCUGUCCAGAAACAGGACAAGGAAAAAAGACGUCCAUUUAUUUAUGACAGAAAUGCACUAAUUUACUGCUUUAUUUCAUCUAUCUUAAACACAACUCUUCUACCAUCUUCCUUUAUGUUCUGUCAGUAACUGACAUUGGCUUUUUCUAAGCGGUGGCGGCUUCAGGUUGUUUUCUUUAGAAUAAAAUUGUAUUUAUUUUAUUUUAAAAUCGUGUGAGCAGAAAAAUUUGAAUUGUAAUUAAUAAUAAUGCUAACUGUAGAUAGUAGUAAACAAACUAACGAGAGCAUUGCGCUAGAGUUUCCGUUUACAAGCGCUUGUUAAUGCAACUAGAGAUCAGUUAGCUGGUGAUAGCUAAUAGAGAGGAGGUGAACAUUAGUUGUCACUUUGCUGCAGAUUUAUGCUCAUUCAGGUUUGAGACUCAAAGCUAAAAUCGAAAAAUUGCUGAGUCAUCUGUCACCUAAGCUAACACCUAGCAGUGAGCAAGCCAGCAUUGUUUUAGGUUAACAGUGCAUUUCCCCUUUUAAAUAUUAAUCAAAUAAAUAGUGAAAUAGGAAUAGAGAAUCGAAACAUCGAGGCUCAUAAGCUGUAGAUAUGUUAACUGAACUAAGCUAAGUGAGGGGAAGAGGGGCAUAAGCUAAACUUCCCACCAUAAAAAUGCAAACUGUGACAAACAUUGUUUUAAAAAAGAUUUUCCCAGCUUCCAAGUAAACAAUCUAAGUCAGUCAUCUGCUUUCCAUUAGAAGUUUAGCAGAACAUGAAAACAAUAUGUGGAUAAUAGAAACAUGGUGUGAAGAGCAGCUAGCUAAACUCUGCUAGCAGAGCAUAUGGGGUGCUGUAUCUCCUUGAGUAUGAAGACUUGACUCUUCACAGAUGUUUCUGUUGUUCCGUUCACAUUUUCUUAGUCUCAUAAUUGAGGAGAAAACAUAGAAAAUAUCUGUUUUUGUGUAUAUUUUGAAGCUAAAACAUGCUGUGAAGCUCCAGCUAGCGGUCAGUUAGCUCAGUGGCCAGUAGCAUGGCGCAAUAUGUUUCCUAGCCUAGGAUCUUUCGGCUGAAGCCGCCUGCGUGUAGAUAAAUUAUGUCAUGGUAACUGCGUUAAUAUGUCUGCACUGCUCUCGCCACCGCCAACACUUGUACAUAGACAUCAACAGAACGAAGAAAUAAUAUGGUCAAUGUCUAGUUGUGUUACCUCAUGUAGCCUCCUUAACCCCACCCAACUGGGCUGUCCACUACAUUAUUUAUAAAUGCACCCCUCGAGGAAGACUCGGCCCCCUUAAACCUACAUUUUUGUAUAAUUUUCUCCAUCCACUUUUUAUUAUUGUUGUUCUGAUUUAUCAUCCAGACACAUUAUUGUUCUUAUUGUCACUGUUAAUCUAAUAAUUAUUAUUAUUGUUGUUGAUGUUGUUGUUAUUAUUGUUAUUGAAUUUUUGUUUGAUGUACAGUACCGUUGUAUGAAAAUUCUACCUAAUACAGAGUCUUCUACUGUAAUGUGUCUCUUUUCAAUAAAGACAAGAAUAAUGCUUCUUAUUAUAACUUGAA